GCCUCCGCCGGACGCGACUGAUAGCGCGAUGCCCAACUUCAACUCGCCACAUGAUCCAAUACCAAACCUCCAUCCUACACGCAUAGCUGGGCUCGAUAUCUCCCAGGUGGAUCUCGAUUUCGCUAUCAAAGUUACUGCGCCUCCACCAGAGACCAGCGAUAGAUACCCUAGUUCUACCCGUUGGGAGCCUCUUGUGGCGUCUAUCUGGAAGGGAGGCUUGCAAGUUAUUAAUGAGGCAUUUGUAGGGGCAGAGUGUAUUGUGAGCUCAGAAGUCAUUGAACAUCUCCCAUCGCAUAUCUUCCCGUUCUUUGCGCCUGUUCUUCUUGGUGUCUACCAUCCAAAGAUGCUCCUCGUUACAACACCUUCAUACACCUUCAAUGCUCGUUUCACGUCCCCCAAUGCUCCCCCCUCAGUUCGCAAAGGAUAUCCCGAUCCCACAGGACGUACAAAUCGAAUCUUCCGGCACGAUGAUCACAAAUUCGAGUGGACUGUGCAGGAAUUUCACGAGUGGUGCAUGGAAACAGCCGAACGCUGGGGCUACGAGGCAUACAUCAGCGACGUGGGUCGCGCUACGGAAAAAGAUGAAUGGGGACGAGAUGAAGAGCUUGGAGGCGCUACUCUAGUAACAGAGUUCAGGAGACUUGCACUGGUAGAUGCCGAAAGAAGUCGCUUGGAGGACGAAGCCAGGAAGAUGGUGGAGAGUACUCAAGGGCACACACACCAGUUACUUGCCGAACACAAACACGUUGCGCAUCCACAAUCGAGACAACCCAUAUCCGUUACAGAUAUUGGAAAGAUGGUGAAAACAAAGAUGGAAGAAGGACGCGAAGGGUUUAUGCGAUUUGAGACUCUCUGGUACGACAGGGAUAUUGGUGUCGCUUGCGGUGGGUUCACGGAAGUCCUGGUUAGGGCCAUUGAGGAAUGCAAGGGGCUGGUGCUCAAGAGGGAGGGCACUGACGGUGCAGAGCCGUCGAAACUGGACAGAGACUCGUGGCACAUCGAACUCAUUGGAAGCUCAAAACAGCCCAAGAUGCUGUGGCCCACGACGGAAGAGGCAAAUGAUACGAGUUUCGAAUAUAUGCCGCCAGAUUGGGUGCCAGACGAGGAGGCAUACAGCGACAGCAGUAGUGAUAGGGAACUGGGAGAGAGUACAGGAGCUGAAGGAGAUGUUUCUUGGAACAACUCUGAAGACGAAACCCAGGACGAGGAUGACGACCAUCGGAACCCCAUUUCCGAUGUUCGUCACUGGGCGACAGAACCAGGUCCUGCACGUUGGGGUAACACGGACUGGGGGGUGUCACCACCACCGCAUAGCUCUAGCGGUUCUACGACCGGCUGGGACGGAGAUGAAAGCGACGAUAUUCAUACAUUUUGAAAACUUUCUUUCAUAUAUCGGAUCUGAAGUCCAUGUAAUAUUAAAGGAUACAAGCUGGUAUAUAUUGGAAAGCAAUAGAAGUCAACAAAACAAGGAUUACUCCUCCAACCUUGCUGACACCACGGGGGCAAUCAAGGGAUGCAGUUGAGCCAUAUAGGUCACCAUCCACAUUAGAUAGCACGCUGCAAGUGCAAGCAUCAGGCCUGUCCGUAUGACAAUUUGAUUUGGUCCUUUGGGUACGAAGAGCGCUGACGCUGUCAUAAGAGCUGCUGCGAUGACCAGGACCAGGAAUACAGGAAUGAUGGACGUCAUGUCGAGAGA